CAAUUGCAACUGUACUCAUGUCAUGUGAAGUGUAAGCUGGAGGCCGGUGUGGUGGAGGUCAGUGGCGGAGGUCUCCCUGACGAGUACUCCACAAUUCAGUUUCACUUCCACUGGGGACGGGAGGACCUCGAGCACUUUCCUGGGUCGGAGCACUCCAUCGAUGGCCACAGAUACCCCAUGGAGAUGCAUAUUGUCAGUCUGAAGAAAGGCUAUAACGCAGCUCAGGCCAAAGCAGAUCCGGAGGGCCUAUCAGUGCUGGGAUUCUUUAUUGAUGUGAUGGAAGGGGAUGCAACAGGCAUGCCUGAAGUCUGGAAGAAUUUCUCCGACUUUGUGUCAGAAAUACCAAACAAGAGUGAUAACACAAGUCGCUCCGCAUUGAACAUCUCCAUUCAUGACUUACUGCUGGACGUCGACCUGACCAAGUACUACCGUUACAAAGGCUCACUGACCACGCCUGGAUGUGAUGAGGCUGUGGUUUGGACUGUUUUUCAACAGCCAAUCCGCAUCAGUGAAGAUCUGAUAAAGAAGUUUUCCAAAAUGACUGGGUUGAAUAACGUAUCCCGGCCUGUACAGCCACUAAAUGGCCGACACGUGUACACAACCGUGACUGAGAAUCACUCCUCUUCUCCCCCCUCAUGCCUCUUCUCCCUCCUUCUGGUCCUGUCGUCCCUCUUUGCUACUCUGUGGAUGAACCAGAUACAGUAGACAAAAGAUAUACAAAUACAAUCAUUCUAUCAUAUUUCAUUGCACCAUAUCACACAGCACCAAUCAUUCCAAAACAGUGCUGCUAAACGCUGAUUUUAAAAUAAAUACAUUUUUAAAUAGAUAAACCUUAAAUAAAUUGUGGAGUAGUGGAGUAAAAUGUAUCAUAUGUCUGGCAUGAAUAAUAUACAGUGUAAGGCCAAAAUCACUUCUUCAGGUUUUAGAGUAUAUAUUUUGAAUGUUUAUUUAUUAAUGUUUUGUAAAUGGAAGUGGGAACAGGAUUGUAAACUGAUCAUAUUGAUUAAUAUGCAGUUUGUAGAACAUUAAUAUUGUAAAGGGCAGUUCACACCAAGAAGGAUAACGAUAACAUAAGUAUCGCUCUAGCUAACAUGAAUGACAACGUCCAUACGUAAACUAUAGCGAUAACAACAUGACAAAGAUACCGUUGGGGUCAUAGUUAUCAUUCUUGGUGUGACCGGCCCUUAAAUGAGGAAAGAAGUAAACAAAUGUAUUCUUCACUGAUAUCAAUAAAUUAUGGUACUAUCUUCAAGGACAUUGUAAUAAGACAAUAUGAUAUGAUCAACAAUAAAUAUUGAGACA